AUGCGUGAGAUACUCCACAUCCAGGGCGGGCAAUGCGGGAACCAGAUCGGGGCGAAGUUCUGGGAGGUUGUCUGCGCCGAGCACGGCAUCGACGCCACAGGGAGGUACAACGGUGACAGCGAUCUUCAGCUCGAGCGAGUGAACGUAUACUAUAAUGAAGCCAGUUGCGGUCGGUUCGUUCCCAGAGCAGUGCUCAUGGAUCUGGAGCCUGGAACCAUGGACAGUGUCCGGUCGGGGACAUACGGCCAAAUCUUCCGCCCGGACAACUUCGUGUUCGGGCAGUCCGGAGCCGGAAACAACUGGGCCAAGGGUCACUACACCGAAGGUGCCGAGCUUAUCGAUUCCGUUCUCGAUGUUGUGCGCAAGGAGGCGGAGAACUGCGACUGUCUCCAGGGUAAGUUCCUCUUCCUCCUCUGCCUUCGUCCCGAUGUGGUAUUUAUUGUCUGAAAUCUUCUUAGCAUUGCUCGUAUCUGUUCUUUUGCUACCAUUUACGCGUCUUCUUCUCCGUAAGCAUUUCACUGCUGUUAUUUCUUCUGUCAUAAUUAUUUAAAAAAUCUUUCUAGCAUUUUUUUCUCAAUCCCUUUUGGAUUCCUAUCGUUCACGAUGCGGCUGUUGUUGGGGAAAGCACGUUAUUUCCAUCCUUUGGUGGAUCUUUGGUUUUAUAGCUAUUAUUUCACUCUUCUGUCGAGAAGCUGUACUAUUACUAUCUCUGGGAUAUACGGCAAUGUUGUUUUUUAUACAUCCGCAAAGGAAAAAAUCGACGUAUGACGUUGAAUUCUGGCCAAUCCUACCUCAGUUUUUAUUUACUGAUGACGCAUAUCAGAGCUGGUUCUAAUGAGUUUAUUCUACGAAAAUUUGUGCAGGGUUUCAAGUCUGCCAUUCACUGGGUGGGGGUACGGGGUCCGGCAUGGGCACAUUACUGAUAUCAAAGAUCAGGGAAGAGUACCCAGAUCGGAUGAUGCUCACUUUCUCCGUCUUUCCAUCCCCCAAGGUCUCGGACACUGUGGUCGAGCCCUACAAUGCGACCCUCUCCGUGCACCAGCUGGUGGAGAACGCGGAUGAGUGUAUGGUCUUGGACAACGAAGCUCUGUACGACAUUUGUUUUAGGACCCUCAAGCUCUCAACCCCCAGCUGUAAGGAUUCACUCUACGCCUUCUUCAAUUAUUUCUGCCCAAAUAUGUGCGCCUGAUCGUUCUGCUAUUUCCGCUGACAGUCGGCGACCUGAACCAUCUGAUCUCUGCGACGAUGUCCGGAGUCACUUGCUGCCUCAGGUUCCCGGGCCAGCUCAACUCUGAUCUCAGGAAACUGGCCGUCAACCUCAUCCCCUUCCCUCGGCUUCACUUCUUCAUGGUCGGCUUCGCUCCACUGACGUCGAGGGGGUCCCAGCAGUACCGAGCGCUUACCGUGCCGGAGCUCACCCAGCAGAUGUGGGACGCGAAAAACAUGAUGUGCGCCGCCGACCCCCGGCACGGGCGCUACCUUACCGCUUCUGCCAUGUUCCGUGGGAAGAUGAGCACCAAGGAAGUGGACGAGCAGAUGAUCAACGUUCAGAACAAGAACUCUUCCUACUUCGUGGAGUGGAUCCCCAAUAAUGUCAAGUCAACGGUGUGCGACAUCCCGCCGACGGGGCUGAAGAUGGCCGCCACCUUCAUUGGCAACUCCACCUCGAUCCAGGAGAUGUUCCACAGGGUCAGCGAGCAGUUCACGGCCAUGUUCCGGAGGAAGGCCUUCCUGCACUGGUACACGGGGGAGGGGAUGGACGAGAUGGAGUUCACGGAGGCGGAGAGCAACAUGAACGACCUGGUCUCGGAGUACCAGCAGUACCAGGAUGCCACAGCCGAUGAGGAGGAAGAGUACGAGGAAGAAGAGGAUCCCGAGGUCAACUGA